CAUGCGAUUAAAUGACAAAUAGAUUAGACGAAGCUAAAAAUAUUCCUUUGAGAGUCAACUAUGCUACUGUUCAUCUUGCUGCAACGAAUAUUAAGACUUGCUAUUCUGAUUCUAUUAAGUCCAGUAUUCCUAAUGAUCAUUUAUCUUUAUCAACAAUUUCAAAAGACAGUAUAGAUUCAUAUAGCAGUUCAGAGUAAAAUGGAACUCAGAAUUCUUGCGAGACAACAGUUUCUAAUCAAUCUACUUAUCAGAUUUCUCAUGUUAUUGUACCAGAUAUGGUUUUUCCUAGUGAUUCACUUAUUUCUGAUGAAAUUCCCUGCAAAUUUGAAGAAAAUAUUCUGAAUGAACCUAGUCAUGAUCGAAAACCUGAUGUAGUUUUGAUAUAUGCUGAUUUUUCUAAUGAUCCUUUACUCUGCAGCGACAUUCUUAAUAAAUUCGAGGAAACUAUUUCAGAAGAGUCAAAUCUUGAUGUCAUACCAAAUAUUAUUUUUCCUCAUAAUGCAUUUGUUUCUUGUGGUAAACCUGUUCAAUGUGAAGCACAAGUACUAAGUGAGCUCGAUUUUGAUUACAGUUCGGAUGCUUUCAUAUCAACUGCUGUUUAUCCUUAUCACAAAGUCACUUCUAAUGUUUACUCUAACCAAUGUGAGAAAUACAUUUUAAACGAAGCCACAUUAUUCAUAACCUGGGAAUAUGAAGAUGCAACAUUAUUUCGUGGGGGAGGAUAGUCUAAAAGUCUAUGGUUCAAAUUCUAGGUAGCAGCGGUUUCAGUACACAACCGACAUGCUGAUUGCACAAUCCCAGGAAGCAAAUCAUGAGCCGAUUGAUGUUAGACCACCGUCGGAAACGUGGAAGCAUUGAACAGCCGUUUCGUCCUAUUUUGGGACUCCUCGGCAGUGCGCAUUCACGAUUUCACUCGCGGGAUUUGCACGCGUAACCUACUGGAUCACUAAGCCGGCACAAUGAAUGAUCUCUAAUUAACUUAUGGUGAAUUUAAAAGAGACUAAGUCUCAAACCCGAAUACCCUCAGAAACAGUCCUAAUAUAGGAGAGAACAAACCAACUUCCAAACGAACAGGAAACUAGGGAAAGACGUUGAAAGCGGAUAGGACACACAUUGAGGAAAUCAUCAAACUGCGACACGCGGCAAGCGCUAACUUGGAAUCCUGAAGAGAAAUGAAUGAGAGUAAGGUCAAAGAACACACUGCAUCGGGAAUUGGAAGAAGACAUGUAAAGGAUGAAUAGCUACUGAAAAGAACUGGAAAGGACUGUCCAGAACAGAGUUGAAUGGAGCAUCCUAUGCACCAUCAUGAGGAGUAACAAGUGUAAUUAAGUAAGUAAAUGUUAAACGGUUAGUGAAAAUAAUUGAAUAAAUAAUAAUGUAAUAAGUAUGCAACAAGAAGUUUGGAUUAUUAAUGUUUUAAUCCCUUGAAAGACGUAUUUAUCAAUUAAAUUAAAGAAAAUGAAGGACUGGGCUUUAAAUAAGUUAAACGGUAUUGGUACAAAGAGAAACCUGACAAAUAUUUUAUGAAUGCAAGUAUUAGAUUUAUCUAUAUCAAUUUCCUUUGAUUAAUUCUAUUUUCAGUAGGUAACAUCUUGAACCAUAAUGCAUGUUGAAUAUGAUUCAUAAUAAACAAUUGAUGAUGAACAACAAGUUUUUGAUAGUUCUACUUAAUCAUUUACUCAACGACAAAUGACAAUGAUGUAAAAUACAAUCCUGAACUUAUUUCGUAGUUCCACAGGCUUAAACGAAAUGAUAAACGUAACGUAAUUAUAACUAUUUGCCAGUUUUAAAUCAAUAUGUUUAAUUACGUGAAAUUCAAUAGCUAUGUAAAAAUAUCAAUUACCAUAUAAUAGUCUACAGGAAAUAUUUUUUCUGUAACGAUUCUCUCAGUUAUGCAAUGAAAGCCUUAAGAACAAAAACAUAUAAAAUCAUAAACUGUCUCUGGUAUUACUCAACAAUUUUGUAUAUCAUGAUUGUUUUAUUUUCAGAAUGAGUUUUGUGGAGAUUUUAGGAAAUUUCACAGGUUGAAAUCAUGAGUGCGCACUGCUGAGGAGUCCCAUACUAGGACGAAACGGCCAUCCAGUGCUUUCAGGUUUUCAAUGGUGGUCUAGCUUCAACUGACUCAUGAUUUCAACCUGUGAAAUUAUUUUAUUUGUUUAUUAUUUAUUUUAACACAUAUAUAUUAGUACAAGAGGGCACCAAAUAUAUAUGCGCCAUACAAAACAAUGAGAAUUUGAAGAGAAGAAGAAGGUGAGGAGCGUAAAAAAAGAGAACAAUAACGAACAGAUUAGUGUAAGGUAGCGUAAUAAUAAUAAUAGUAAUAAUGGGGGAAACAGAAUGGUACAAUCAGAAGAGAUCUUUCAGUUAAGGAAGAAGCAACCACUUUUUAUGAAGAAAGUAAGAGAAGGUUACAGCAGGAUCGCCAUAGGCUUCUAUUCUGAGUCAUAUCUGAUAACGUCUCUAGCCACUGUGUUGCACCAUCUCUGGUACCCCAGCCAGGGAGUCAUGAAGGACCAACAGAAGCCAGCCCUUCGCAGCCUUCUUUCUUGCCACGACACCAUGUCAUACACUGACCACCUCUCCGCUUUUUCCAACCAGUCCCAACGUCGGCAAAUAAUAUACGACGUGGAAUUCUCUGGGACGACAUUCGGAGAACAUGUCCAAGCCACCGAAGUCGGUGUUUCAAGAUGGUGACACCAAUUGAAUUAUCAUCUCUGUGCCCGAACACACGAUGCCGAACCUCUGCAUUACUAACAUGAUGUUGCCACUGGAUACUGAAGCCCAUAUCCACCAUUGGUUUGGGAUCCGGUUAGAGCGCCGGACAUAUCAUGAUGGUAGUACGUAUUUCAACUACAUAGAAACACAUGUAUUUCAGCAGGUCCCAGUCAGUAACAAUAACCUUUGAAGAUAAAUAGUACUUAAAAGAAUCCAUAAAUACCUCUAAAUGUAACCCAGAUAAUUAAAAUUCAAUUUAUUUGAGUAUGACCCUUCUUUCUUGUGAUCAUUUCGAGUCAUCAUAUAUUUUCAACAUCAUUAGGUGUUAAUUACUUAUCUCUAUCU